AUGCAAGCCAACACCGCCCCUGCGACAAAAAAUGCAACCCAGUAUGCUCCCGCCUACGAGUGGCAGCCGACCAUCCCUCCCAGCACCAUGAUGAUGCCGACAUCGAAUUGCCCGCCUCCAGCAGAGAACCAGGCUCAGUUUGUCGACGCCCAAGACUCUACUGGAUAUAUCUGUGAAGUUGCUCAGAACGUGGCUAUCGUGGAAAAGCAAUCCCCUACCGGCACAGUGUUCAUCCCGAUCCAACGACACCUUUCUGAACUCUGCACAAAGUUUCAUUGUCGACAAGAGAAUGACAAUGAGUACACGCUGGGAGACAUUUACUUAGCUCUGAAGUCCGAGACUGGAUAUGCCAGGGCAGAAUCGUGCACAUCACCUCUUUUCAUUCGGCUGCAGGUCCAGCUGAUGGAUAACAAUUUCGCCUGCAGUGAACAGGGGCGAUUCGCACAGCUUCUACUUUACCUUCACCGGCCUAUCAAAGUCCGCAGACAAGGGGCUCAUUUUGUCCCUCUCAAUGGAAUGGACCAGCUCGAAGAAGCCAGAUUCGACCGUUUGCUUCCUUAUCAACAAAUGGGCCGCACUCAUCCGGGAUACUACUGGAUGCACAUCUCCCUCCCCGCCUUUGGUGGCCAUGUGCUAAUUGAGAUGGGAUCCCCCGAGCAACUCUUAUUCCUGUUUAAACCAGAUAGAUGA